AUGGCUCUUGUGGUCGCCAUCUGUUCAACCAUCCACGCGCUGGACAUCACCAAGGAGCUCAGCGCAUAUCCCGAGUUCGCGCUGUUCAGCAAAGCCCUUACCGAAGCCAAGCUGGUAGACAAAAUAAACGCCCUUAACGCCGUCACCAUCCUCGCCAUCGAUGACGCUGCCACGGCUACCCUCGCCGGGAAGUCCCCCGACGCCGUCAAGGCCAUCCUCAGCACUCACGUCCUCACCGACUAUUACGACGAGAAGAAGCUCGUCGAAGCCCAAGGAAGCCACUCUCUCGUCGAGACUCUCUUCCAAUCCUCCGGCGUCGCCAAGAACAACCAGGGAUACAUCUACAUCAUGCUCAUCAACGAAGGCGAGGUCGCAUUCGGCUCCGCCGCCUCCCCUCCCGGCAUCGACUUCGAUGUCGUCCUCGUGCACACCGUCACCAACCAAACCGGCGUGUUUUCGAUUCUUCAGGUCAACAAGCCCAUUGUUCCAGCUGGCAUUGAUAUCUCCAACGUUACGAUUCCACAACUCGCCGGCGAUAAAACUGCAGAGACUCCUUCAGCUUUAGCUCCCGCCACCGCUCCCAGCUCCGCUUCUCGCGUCUUCAUUGGACUCCUUGGUGCAGCUUCCGCUUUCGCCGCCUUCUUCCUCGCCCUCUAA